CGUCACUUGAAGCGCCCUGGCUGGUAGAUCUGGCAAGGAGAGGGAGAAAACGACAGAAGUACUGUAAAACAGGGCUAUCAGCUCUCAAAGUGAUAACGGUCCGUCUACAACAAUAGACACAGGCACAGGCAUCUCACCACACCGGACUAACCUCUUGUGGAAGAAGGAAUAUAACAUGACCAGAGUAAACGGAUAAAACCAGCCACUCUUUAACACCCAGAAUCAUAUGAUGAAAAUGAAACAUCUGCAUCUUUAAAUGCUUUAAACAGGCCAAAAGUAGAUCACAGACCUUUCGAAAUUUACAAUAUUUAAAAGAUUGAAUUAGUCCAUAUCAUCCUUUUCUCUUCACUCUUGCCCUUCUUCAGUCAAAACCGCCAUGUACGGUAGUGGCCGAUCCGUGGGCAAAGUGGAGGGCAACCACAGCGGGGGGAGCAAUCAGAGUCCCGGCCGCUCGCCUCGUCUCCCUCGCUCGCCCCGUCUGGGCCACCGCCGCACCAACAGCUCAGGGGGUAGUGGACCUGGAGGUCCAGGUGGUAAAACCCUCUCCAUGGAGAACAUCCAGUCUCUCAACGCUGCCUAUGCCACAUCCAGCCCCAUGUACCUGAGUGACAACGAGGUGGUGACGUCUGGCCCGGACCUGCCUAAGAGCACUAUGACGCUGGGCCGCUCAGGAGGACGGGUGCCUUAUAGUGUACGAACGACCGUCAUGGGAUCCAGCCCAAAUAUCUCCACCGGGGCUCCCGGCUCCGUUUCCACUGAUGCUAUUGCUUUCGGAGACCACCACAUGCCUUCCACUCUUGCGUCCACUGUGCCUCAUUCGCUGCGCCAGGCGCGGGACAACACCAUCAUGGACCUGCAGACCCAGCUCAAGGAGGUGCUUAGGGAGAACGAGCUCCUGCGGAAGGAGGUGGAUGUGAAGGAGAGCAAACUCAGCUCUUCCAUGAACUCCAUUAAGACCUUCUGGAGCCCUGAGCUGAAAAAAGAGCGCGCCCUGCGCAAGGAUGAGGCGUCUAAGAUCGCUGUGUGGAAAGAGCAGUACAGAGUCGUCCAGGAGGAGAAUCAGCAUAUCCAGAUGACCAUCCAGGCCCUCCAGGAUGAGCUGCGGAUCCAGAGAGAUCUGAACCAGCUGUUUCAGCAGGACUCCAGCAUUUGUCCUGGCGAGCCCCUGACCGCCGAGCUGACUGAGGAGAACUUCCAGCGGCUGCACGGUGAGCAUGAGCGGCAGGCAAAGGAACUCUUCCUCCUGAGGAAGACUCUGGAGGAGAUGGAGCUGAGAAUCGACACGCAGAAACAGACACUGUGUGCCCGAGACGAGUCCAUCAAGAAGCUCCUGGAGAUGUUGCAGAGCAAAGGGCUGUCGGCCAAGGCCAACGAGGAGGACCACGAGCGGACACGGAGGCUAGCCGAUGCCGAGAUGCAUAUCCAUCACCUGGAAAGCCUUUUGGAGCAGAGAGAAAAGGAAAUGGUCUUGCUGAGGGAGGAUCUCCACCGACGAUUUGAGGGAGCUCCAGAAUCGGCCAAAACCAAGGCCCUGCAGACUGUCAUUGAGAUGAAGGAUUCUAAGAUCAGUUCUCUGGAGCGCGGUCUGAGGGACCUGGAGGACGAGAUACAGAUGCUCAAGUCAAACGGGGCUCUCAGCACAGAGGAGAGAGAGGAGGAGAUGAAACAGAUGGAGGUCUACCGCAGUCACUCAAAGUUCAUGAAGAAUAAGGUAGAGCAACUGAAGGACGAACUGGCACAGGGCGAAGAUCUGAAAAAGCAGGUGGCUGAGCUUCAACAAGAGGUGUCUGCCAUUGACCAGGUGAAGCAGAAUCUCUCCAGGAAGGACACUGAGCUCUUGGGCCUGCAGACUAAACUGGAGACGCUCACCAAUCAGUUUUCUGACAGCAAACAGCACAUUGAUGUUCUCAAAGAGUCUCUCACUGCCAAGGAACAGCGGGCUGCCAUCUUGCAGACUGAGGUCGAUGCUCUGCGUUUACGUCUGGAGGAGAAGGAGGCUACGCUUAAUAAAAAGAGCAAGCAGAUUCAGGAAAUGUCAGAGGAGAAGGGCACGCUGAAUGGAGAAAUUCACGACCUCAAAGAUAUGCUUGACGUCAAGGAACGCAAGGUCAAUGUGCUGCAGAAGAAGAUUGAGAACCUGCAGGAGCAGCUGAAGGAUAAGGAGAAGCAGAUGACCAGCCUGAAGGAGCGCGUCAAAUCCCUGCAGACAGACACUUCAAACACGGACACGGCCCUCACCACGCUGGAGGAGGCCCUGGCUGAAAAGGAGCGUAUAAUCGAGCGUCUAAAGGAACAGAGGGAUAGAGACGAGAGAGAGAAGAGCGAAGAACUGGACAGCAGCAAGAAAGAGCUCAAAGAGCUGAAAGAGAGAGUCAGCUUACUGCAGGGAGAGCUGUCCGAUCGUGAGGCCUCUCUGUUGGACCUGAAGGAGCACGCCUCGUCCCUGGCCUCCUCUGGACUGAAGAAGGACUCCAAGCUGAAGAGUCUCGAAAUCGCGCUUGAGCAGAAGAAAGAGGAAUACACCAAACUUGACAGUCAACUCAAGAAGGCUCAGUCCGCCGCGGUUGAGGCUCAGGCAAAUGCAGGACUGUCGGAGCGCAUUGCCACACUCGAGCAGGAGGUGGCGCGUUACAAGGAGGAUGCUGGGAAGGCCCAGGCAGAAGUGGACAGGCUCCUGGAAAUCCUCCGAGAGAUGGAGAAUGAGAAGAACGACAAGGAUCGCAAGAUCAGCGAGCUGGAGAGGCAAAUGAAAGACCAAAGCAAGAAGGUUGCCAACCUGAAGCACAAAGAGCAGGUGGAGAAGAACAGGAACGCUCAGUUGAUGGAAGAGGCUCGUAAGCGAGAGGAUAAUAUCAGCGAGAGUUCUCAACAGAUCAAGGAUUCUCUGCAGCAGAAGGACGAGCGUAUCGAGGAGCUGGAGGAGGCCUUGCGUGAGAGCGUACAGAUCACGGCUGAGAGAGAAAUGGUGUUGGCACAAGAGGAAUCUGCUCGUGCAAACGCUGAAAAACAGAUGGCGGAGCUGUUGGCCGCCAUGGAAAAGGUGAAGCAAGAGUUGGAGUCCAUGAAGGCCAAGCUGUCUUCCACCCAGCAGUCCCUGGCGGAGAAGGAGGCUCACCUGACCACACUGAGGGCAGAGCGCAGAAAGCACCUGGAGGAGGUUCUGGAAAUGAAGCAGGAGGCACUGUUGGCAGCCAUCAGUGAGAAAGACGCCAACAUCGCUCUUCUAGAGCUAUCGUCCUCAAAGAAGAAGACGACUCAGGAUGAAGUGGCUCUGCUGAAGAGGGAGAAAGACCGACUGGUACAUCAGCUCAAACAGCAGACGCAGAACCGCAUGAAGUUAAUAGCUGAUAACUAUGAGGAUGACCACCUCAAGGCCUCCAAUUCUGACCAGACCAAUCACAAACCCUCUCCAGAUCAGAUUAUCCCCCCACUCAUAGACCUCAAUCAGAACCGCAGUAAACUGAAACUGUACAUCAGCCAUCUCACAGCCCUGUGCCACGAGAGAGACCCCCACAUCCUGCAGGACCUGGCCCCACCCUCUGCAUACCACCGCAGCCAACAGGACGCCUGGGAGGAGGAGCUCCAGAAGAUGAGCCCCGAACAGCUGGAAUCCGAGCUGGAGCAGUGUGAACGAGAGAGUGCCGAACUGCAGGAAUACGCAAACUCCGUCCUGCAACAGAUUGCUGAUCACUGUCCGGACAUCUUGGAGCAGGUGGUCAAUGCUCUGGAGGAGUCCUGCUGACCGGACCAGAACACGAAGCUGAGCCCUGCCACCUCCUCCUCCUCCUCUUCUUGCUUCUCCUUCCCUUUCUUCUGUGUUUCACUUGAUUUCACAGGAUGCCAGCCCACAAACUCUCUCACCCUCUCCCACAAAUCAAAGGACAGACACAUACGGGAAAGACUGACAGCUCACAAGUCAAGUGCACGCUCGGAUUGGCUUCUGGAUGUGGGAAUGGUGGGCUUUCCUUCUGCCAUCCCCUACCACCACAUUCAUCCUCUCCGCACCUUCAGAAUCCUGUUUACGCUCACAUAAACAUGGGGAGGAAGAUACUGACAGGGGGAAAUGGGCAGCAUGGAAGCUUAGUAUUAUAAAACAUGUUCACUCAUUUAAUUGUCGGUCUUGGAAACCCAUCCUGCGGGAGGUGAAGUUCUCUCUGUGAGGGUCAGGAAAUAGUCUCCUUAUCUUGGUAUACACUGUUGCCACAGAUUUUAAAAGCUGCAGGAUUUUGAAACCGUUUUGAAGCAAUUUAGAUUCCACCCCCUGCCCCUCUUUUUUUUCUAGAUGCUUUGUUACUGACGUUAAAUUAUGGGUCAUUCGCACAGGGCAAAACUCCUGCACUCCCGAACCAUCUGGUUUCACUCAGAAUUUGGUUAAUGCUUGGGUUGUGCCAGCAGACAGUCCGUGUGGACUUAAACAUACUUUUACCAUCUAAGUCAGUAGCGGGUUUAGAUUACUGAAACCCCCACCAUCUGGGAAUUUACUAUUGACUCGGUUACUGCACGAUUUCCUUCUGAAGUCUCGUUCAUAAGCGUUACGAAAGGGACAAUAUGGGUAAUGUUAUCCCGCAUGCACCUGUCACCAGCUAAGGAAACCACAGACCUGGUUUGUGUCUGUUAAAGGUGAGAGGAAGAAAAUUAUUUGCCUUGGAAGUUGUUGGUUUAUUGCUGCUAACAUUUGUCUUUGCAUAUGGCAGGUUUGGAUCGGUUAUGUAUCUCUUUUUUUCUGGUGGCCGGCUCUCUGAUGCCGAGGGCGGUUAAAACAGAGGGAGCAUUGCCGACACAGAUGUUGUGGACGCAGAAGUGCCUCAUCAUCAGAGAGCAGCUGCCACACAUCACUGGAAUAGGAAAAUAGGCACCUAUCACUCAUUCCGUACUUUGAAAACUAUGUUGUCUCACACUGGGAUGAAGACUGGCAGUAGUUUCUCAGUUUCCUCAAUUUUCCAAAGCAAAGAGUUGGAGACUACAGAGUUUUUCUUAACGGAUAAGGGCAAAUAAGAGUAUCUGUUUAGAUAAACUCCUCUUUUAUUCCACUCACAGUUUUUGCGGUUGCUUUGUGAGAUAUCAUCAAGCUUUGAUCACAAGAAUCUUGCAUGUACCGUCAUGCACCUCUCUUUCUCUUUGCUUGGCUUCAUAUCAUCAUCCUCAGAGCCGGGCAUCCCUGUUAGCACAGCCGGCAGGUGUAUCCUCUUUCACUUUAUGGUUAUAUGGGUCUAUAUCCAUUGCCAUUAGGUGUCCGUUUCUGGACCGGCCACAGAAGUGAUAAGACACAACCUCGUUCAACUUGUGAUAAACGUGUUUGCCUCACAAGGCAUAUCUGCCAUUGCUUUAAAGUCCAGAGUCGACUUCCCCUGUGGAUGACACUGGGCGUAACCUGCCCUCUGCUCUUCUCUCUCUAUAUCUCCUCAUCCCUCCCUCAUCCAUGCCUGUGUGUAGUUUAUGGCUCUAAACUGCUGUGCUGUGUUAGUCAUACUCCUCUCUGCACGAUAAGUCAGACAGACAAGACAAACAGCACAAGAUCACAGCGAAUAUAAUCAUCUCUCUCUCUCUCGCACGCUCUCAUAUCACCAUACCACCUCUCCUCAUGCCCAUACACACACUAGUUAUGAGGGAACCUGCCACGUGUUGUUGGGCUAGAUGUUUGCUUCACCCAGAUUUGACUGACCUCUGAGUUGUACUGUGAGUUGCUAAUUUAGCAGCUGUAGCUAGUACUAGUAUAUUGUCCUCUAGAGAUUCAUGUUUGUUUGUCUCUGUGAAAGAUUUACUCUAAAAGAGGGUUUAAGUAGUUGGGUGAAUCUCAUAAAAACAUGUCCUGGUCACAUUGCAACUAAAAUAAGGAAGAAAUACUAAAAAAAUGAUGUGUUGCAUAAAAAGGAAGGAAACCAAAUUGUACUAUUUUCAUUAAAAAAAACAAGCAGAUUUUCGCUCAGAAUUUGAAGGCGUAUAAAUGAAGUUUAUUAUUAUUGUAAUUAAUGUCUUAAUGUUAUUUCUCAUUCGACUCUGAUUACAAAAAAAUACUGUAUUACAGUUUUAAAAAAUCCUCCAAAACUCCAAAAUAAUAAUUAAGUGUAAAACAUUUUAUUUCAAUUUACAUGAGAAUUGGAGGAAAAUAUCUUUAAUUUGUCAUUAAACGUAGUCAAAAUGUCUGUUGGUUUGUAUUUUCUUAAAGCAAAAUAUAAUUUACUUAACCUAUUUUGUGAGAUUUCACCCUAAUGGAUUUAUAAUUAAAUUAAGCUGAUUGUGGCCAUGUGUAGCCACUUUAACAACAUAUUCCCACGCUUACAUGCACAAUACCAUGAAAACGCCCGUUCGCGUGCCAAUUCUCACCCUUGGCACCGCAGAUCUUAUUGCAGUCAUAUACGUUGCAUAUCUGUUAAGUGUUUUAUGGUUUUAUGCUCUUAAUUACAGCUGAUAGACUUCCUUAUGAGGACAUAAAUGUGACUAGCAGCUCUGUUGGGAUUUUAAAAUCAAACCGCUGAUUGAUGACGCCCGUCCUGUUUUUCAUCUCUGUCGCUUUCUUCCCAUCUGCUAUCUCGUUCACGCACAAACACAGUUUUGGCCAUCACCCAUGGGUCUCUGAAAUAUGGAGCUCAGUUAUCUGCACCGUGGCUGAAUCUCCCUGCUUAGACUAAACACAGAACCCUCACGUGUGUGCGCACACACACACAUGCACUCACUAUCACAGGCCCUAUCACAAUUUAUGUCCUUCAGUACAGGAGCUGGCCUCUUACUGCCGCUCAGCACAGAGCACUCUGGAGAAUUCACUAAGAAAACAAAAAGAAGGAACGCUGUGAUAACUGGGAGCAGAUCAGAGAAAGAAUGACCUGGCGCUUUGCAGAGGGUGUUAUUGAGUGUGUUGAGUGAGUGUCUCUCUUGAGCGCUGGUAUUUAUGUGAUUGCUAGUUAUAGGCAGACCUAAUCACACAGAAGAGUUUGGAAAUUCCCUGCAAGCAUUGGAUCACUCUGUAUGUUCAGAGGCUCCCGAUCUCAGCGAUUCCUCCUUGUGUUUUUGAGGAAUUAAGGAGAGAUCUACACCAGCGUUCUCGGUUCAGCAGCUCAUUACCAAAACAGUAGCACUUUGUAUGAAGCCUGUAUCUAUCAAAGUAUUUUGAAUGCAAAUUAAUUUGUAUUCAAUUGUACUGUGUAAUACUUGCUCAGUCAUGUAAACCCUUUAAUUAUAAUGCAUUAUAAAACAAAACAUGAAUUUGGUUUUCAUGUGUUGUUUUUUUAAGCGUGUAACCAUAAGAACAUAAACUGAUAAUAAUUGAAGUAAUUAUUAAGUCAUUAGGAAUACAUUGUAUAAGAUAAAUUAGGCCACUUUUUGAUCUCAAUGUUGAAGAGUGGCCCAAUUCUGUUUAUAUUCUGCAUUAUAACACGAUAUACCUGAAUUCAUAUAUAUAUAACCAUAUACAGGCUUUAUAGAGGUGUUUUAUGUUUAUUUUGGUUUUAGUGAUGGUGCAUGGCUGCUUGUAGCAUGAGCUGACUUUCCAUACCUUUUGGCUUUUUUACAUCUACCUGGCUUGAAACUGCGCUCAGCCAUGAGUGAGAAUGAGCAUGAGAUAUUGCUUCAUUGUUCUAGUAUGAACAUUUUUCAUCCUCAUUAAACUCAUUGAGGCAUGUCUAUGGAGGGGGAGAGAGAAAGAUCAAGCGUGGGGCGGCCAGGCUUCACAUGGGCUGUAAGGACCCGACUGUAUUUUCCAGUCGCUCAUUUUGCUGUCCAGAUUUUAAAUCUGCCCUAUAACAUGAGACAUUUAUCAUAGUAUAUACUUAAAUACUUUUAAAAAAUGGGUUGUUUCAUGUUACAUGUUAGAAUUCUUAGUGUUAAUUGGUAGUUUUGCCAUCCAGACCUUGACGCAACUGUGAGAACACUGCCAUAGAUGUCUAGUACACACAUGUAUACACAGAAAUCUAUGUUUAUAAAUGUUGAUGGUUGGACCUAGAUUAGUUGAACAAUUUGCACAAGUGUUUGUGAAAGAGAAUAUAUCCGUCUGAACAAAAUGGCUGUCUGCUAUUGAAAAAAGAAUAAAAGAAUGAACUAGUAACACUAACAGUUGUCUUGAAAUUAAAAUUAAAGAAAAAGCGAAGCCUUUCUAAGUUAAUUAAGAUUUUCAAAAGUGGUUGAUUGUGUGCUGUUGCUAUCUUCUCUGCAUCUCGUUUGAUUUUGAUUCCAACUCAUCUUACACUUUUGGGACUGUUUGUUUUUGUUUUGCAGUCCUUGAUGGUGUGCAUGAUUGCAAUCUUGAAAACUGCAGCGUGUUUUAUAUUACAAAACAUGUAUGUCUGUUCUUGGGGCGGGAGAAACAUCCAUGACCGUGUUUCGAGUGGACUGAAGGAUGCCAAGACCUUUGCUUGAGAACUGUGAUCCUAAUAGCACUCUGGGUUGCUGGGAAGUCAUUGUUAUUUUAGAUUAGCAUCAUUCGUGUGUUUGCAGCAGAUAAUAACCGUGUUGUGCUGACUGUUUUGGUCAGAUGAUCAGCAUCACUCGACACAAGCUUCAUUUGUUGUUCGUAGUAAUUUAUUGCACGCGUAAACACACUUAAAAAUUUGAUGGCAUCCUAAGUGGUUUGCCUAUUAAAUUGUUUACUUAUUAACUCAUCUUGAAUUGUCAUUAUUUACCCAAACGGUCCGUCAACACGUCCACAUUUUUCAUGCAUUACUUCCCUCCACUUAGUUUGAUGGACUGAGACUGUUUAAAGCAUGAAACCACAUAAAACAUCCGCUGAAGGAUUUGGCAAGUUUAUGUCCGACUUUCCAUUCUCCAUCCGAGUGAAUUCGGUGCCAAACGAAGCUAGUCUGCUUUAGAAAGUGCCACAAAUAAUAACUUGCCUGUCGUUCAUCAGCAACCAAAGCCAAGUCAUGUGACCUUUUACUGUUUAUAACAUGUUUGUUUCAUAUUUAAACCUUUAAACCUUAAUUGACACAAUAAGAGGUCAAAUCCAAACCAGGCCUGCUGUGCUUGGUUGGCUGCUGGAGUCCAGUUAGAUGAAGCACCAGAUCAGACGCCUCUAUCAAAUGUGUAUUAGAAUCUUUUGAGUGUCUGAGUAGAAUGAAGCAGCAUUAUUCAGGACCUAAUCUUCAUUUCGACUCAGAACUGUGGUGUAUGUGGUAACACAGUUGUUUUCUAGACUCUUGUAAAAGUUCUGUCUGCUUACUUGUAGUUGGCACUCCUGUUUCUUCCUCUGGAUUUUGUCCUAAGAGACUGUCAGACCUCAGUGUCACCCCAUCCACAUCAUGCUUUCUUGGCUCCAGCAACCCUGCCUUCUGUCACAGUAAGGGUCUAUCUUUUCUAAUGAUUCAUGCUCUUUUUCUACGCAGUACACAGAAACACUGUCAAAAAGGAUUCUCACCCUUCCCCCUUUAAUUUAAUGAGGAAAAAUAAAUGGAAAAAUGUCUACUUUAACCCAAAGCUGUCAUUUUUUUUCUUUUUUUUUUCUUAUUUUAGUAUUAUCAUAUUCACAAAAAAAGACUGCCUUAUGUAUGUGUGGAAAAGAUAAAUGAUUUCUGUAAAAAGAAAAUGAAAAAUAACAAAAAGGUGUAUUGUAUUCAGCUUUUGCCUUUGUAUGUAUAUAAACUCUGUCAUUCAGUC